CAUGGCUUGAGUUGAGCCUAUCACAAUAAUGGUACGAUUAAAUGGACCCAUUUCUCGUGCUGUUUUAUUGGUCAACUUUAGGGUAAAGACGGUGCUUUAGUUGUUAAAAAGCUAGUCGGUUGACGUCGGUAAUGUUUGAUUUGGACUUUAGUAUUAUGUUUUUUCCAGGACGGUAACACUAAGUUCGGCAGUUUUCGUUGUAGGAUUCCUGUCCUUUAAAGAUCCUGACAGACAGAGGAGAUGAGCCGCUUUCUGAACGUGCUGCGGAGCUGGUUGGUGAUGGUGUCCGUCAUCGCCAUGGGUAACACGGUGCAGAGUUUCAGAGAUCACAGCUUUCUGUCUGAAAAGCUCUACACGGGCACGCCGGAGUUUGUGAAUGGUCUCCAAGCUCGAAUAUUUGGUAUUUGGACUCUGUUAUCAUCGAUCAUUCGCUGCGCCUGUGCCAUUGAUAUCCAGAACAGAACACUGUAUCACAUCACCUUAUGGACAUUUGUGCUGGCACUGGGUCAUUUUCUGUCUGAAGCUUUUAUCUACAAAACUGCACCACUGACUAUUGGAGUGAUGGCACCUCUCAUUGUUGCAAGUUUCUCUGUUAUAGGAAUGCUCAUUGGAUUCCAGUGUUUUCCAGAAACGCAGGAGGAAGUAGGAGCAYGGCAGAAGAAGAGGAACUAGUUUUUUUUAUUGAAUCUGAUGAACCACAAGCACAAAUUGGGACUCAUUGUUUUAUUGCUUCUUGUUUUGAGGAUAAGCUGGAAUAUAAAUUUGUAAAAUGUGCAGUUUUGUUCUAUACAGUGAAUCUGGUACACAUCUUUAUAUUUAACAGUGCAAUGGAAAGACUCAYACUACAGUUAUUAACAUGGUCUGGUUUUUAAUUUAUAUUCAAAAAAAGCAAACAAUGAGGUUUUAUCAUCCUCAUGUAAACCAAGUUUUGUUUGCAAUUUUUUACCUCUAUUUUUUACCUCUACAUCACAAUUUAGGCUCAAUGACAAUAUCUUUCAAUAUUUUUAAUGUUUUAAAUCUGAGCAAUAAACCAUUUUUUAAACUAAGUCUUCAGACCUUUACAAAUGUUUCACAUUUUUAAUCAUAUUUUUGCUGUAUUUUGAAGAAACAUUUACAGUAAUAUCCUGUUGUGUUCUUUUGAAUACUUGAAUUAAAGACAUUUUGAAAUUGCUUUAA